UACAGGGAUAAUUUUGUUAAAGUUGGUCACUUUUCAAUCAAUCAACUAUCAAUGGUUGGAGAUUUGUUGCAAGCAGUGUUGGAACUUACAAAAUUCCCAGUUUACAAGGCACCAGAAUGUUUACUAAAACACUUAGUGGAGCUGAAGGUAGAGAUUGGAAACAUUCAGAUAUUGCUGGAUUCUCAAGAUGAACUCCAUUCAAUGCUCCUACCAAAGCAUUUAAAUCAAGACACACCAAGGUCAACUAUUACAGUGCUGUACCAAGAUGUGUCCGCACAUGAUGCUAAGCAGCUGAAGAUGUUCUUACCAUUGUUACAGACAAGACUUUCAGAAACUACUAAAGGCCUUACAGCAUGUAUACAUGUGAAAGAUUAUCUAAGAUCCUGGUAAGUUUUUACUAAAUUGGAU